GUAAGAUGGUGUUGAAUAAAUUUGUGUUAUGUUUAGUUUCUGCGGUUUUUCUCCGUGAAGCCUCAGGUGACUAUUAAUUUUUAAUACCUCAUUGUUGUAGUUUUGUGCUUGAAUAAUUUUAUAGUAUUUUAUUUGUGCCAAUAAGAAAAGUAAACAAAGGAUAUGUACAAAGCUUCUGGCGAAUAUGUUCCAAAAUCUGUAUAUCUAAUUGACGAAGAUGGUUCAACCUCCCUACCAAUCCAUGUUCGUAAUAGGCGAGAUUUAGAACAAAUUCUUUCAAGAAUCAGAAGAGGUGGUGGUGCUUAUUCUUACUCGGGAAGUAGCAGCUCAAACGAUUUUAGCGGAGGAUUCGCCGGUCCUCCGCCAGAGUUAGCACAACUUCAAUCAGAUAUUCAAGAUAUUGCUCAAAGGACAUCAAACAUCCAACACGAGGUUUUAUCUCAUGUCCAGAAUAUCGCUGCUUCUCACCCUGCAGGAGCAAACUCUGGAUCUUAUUCCUAUUCAGGAUCCUCAGGUAAUUCGGGAGGAUAUGGAGGCGGAUCUGGGGGACAUGGAGGUUCAGGACCUUCUGGAGGAUAUAGAUCUGCGCCAUCUGGAGGCUAUGGUUCAGGAGGCAGUUCUGGACCCAGCUUAUUCAGCAGGAGUGGUGUUGAGAAAGGAUCUGGAAUAAAGGUGUCAUCGGCUGCCCAGGGACCAAAUGCAGCAUUUAGUUAUUCAUCGUCAGCUUCAGAUGGUCAAGGAAAUGUGAAAUAUAACGUUAAAUCUGGUCAAUAUUAAUGAUAGUUUUUAUAAUAAUAAAGGUAAUAAUACACACAAAUAAA